GCGGUUACGUCAGUGGCGCGCGCCGUGGGAAACCUGACAAGCAGCAUGGCUGCGGGUUGUUCAGAGGCGCUGCGGCCGAAUACGGCCUCUGACGGGUCCCUGGUAGGAUCGGCAGGCGUCCUGCCUUGCCUAGAGCUUCCUACCUAUGCUGCUGCUUGUGCGCUGGUGAAUAGUCGCUACUCCUGCCUGGUGGCCGGGCCACACCGAAGGCACAUCGCUCUGUCGCCUCGCUACCUUAAUAGGAAACGCACCGGCAUCCGAGAGCAACUAGAUGCGGAGCUCCUGCGCUAUUCCGAGAGUCUUUUAGGUGUCCCCAUUGCAUAUGAUAACAUCAAGGUUGUGGGUGAACUGGGAGAUAUUUAUGAUGAUCAAGGACAUAUUCAUCUUAACAUUGAAGCAGAUUUUGUUAUUUUCUGCCCUGAACCAGGGCAGAAGCUUAUGGGUACAGUUAAUAAAGUGUCUUCUAGCCACAUUGGCUGUUUAGUGCACGGGUGUUUUAAUGCUUCCAUUCCUAAACCUGAGCUGUUGUCUGCUGAGCAGUGGCAAACCCUGCAGAUAAACUUGGGUGAUGAACUAGAGUUUGAAGUAUUUCGUUUAGACUCAGAUGCUGCUGGAGUAUUCUGCAUUCGGGGAAAACUAAAUAUCAACAGUUUACAAUUUAAGAGCUCAGAAGUUUCUGAAGAAGUAGCAGAAACCGGCACUGAAGAAGUUGUUGAAAAGCCUCCAAAGAAGAAAAAGAAAAAGAAGAAAGACCCAGAGACAUAUGAAGUGGACAGUGUUACCAUAAAGCAAGCAAAUUUUGCAGAUGACACCCCAAAGGAAGAAUUAGACCUGCAGAUUACUAAUAAUGUCAAUGGCCUCUGUGAGGAAGAGCCAAAGAAGAAGAAGAAGAAGAAGAAAAAGCACCAGGAAGAUCAGGACCAGGACCCUGUUUUUCAAUGCAGUGACUCCAGUGGUUACCAAAGUGACCAUAAAAAGAAAAAAAAGAAAAGAAAACACAAUGAGGAGGCUGAAUUUACCUCACCGAAAAAGAAAAGGGAAAAGUAAUUUUCUUUAGUGUAUUGUAAAUAUGGUUCAGUUUUUAAAAGAUUGAUUUACACAUAAUGGAUGAGUAAAUGUUUUGAAUAAUAUGAAAUGCUUAUGCAUACCGGUAUUUUACAAAAUAGGAAAUACUUGAUUAACAGUUGGAGGGUCUGUGUGCUAAAUAUUAUAAAACUGACUAUAAAUUAAUUUGGGGAAUACCAAGACCAUUAAAGUACCAUUUUAUUUUAUACAUAAUAAAAAGGUAAGAGCUGCUCUCACUCUUGACCCUUAUAUUCUCUCAGGUUUUACCCUCUACAUAAAAUUAUUUCUACAAUCUCAAGACUAGCAAAAGAACUUUAUAAUAUUAUUCAUAUCAUUAAAGAAUGAGUUAACUUUGGGUUUUGAUAUGAUUUGAUUUGUAAUAGGUUUUACCUUUAGUCAUUUCCAUGCUGUUUUAUUUUGCUUUUUUAAAAACUCAGGACAUUUACCAGUUUUAGGUUUUUCUUUUAUCAUGUUAAUACAGUAUUUCUGUUAUUUAAUUUGAAUGAUUAGCCAAAGAAGCUUAUGAAGUCUCCAGAGAUCUUAACCAUGUCACUACUGACUGUGUGGUGGGAAACAAUAUUUACUAUUCUUUCCUCCCAGGUGCAUGUGUGUCAUUUUCUUUUUUAAGUCCAAGAUGCUGAUGGAAAGGCUUGCUCUCUUGUACUCAUUCAUUUAUGCCUCAAUCGUUCUUAUUUGUUGUGUUUUAGAGGAGAGUCUAAUGAAGACAGGAUAAAUGUGAUUCUGACUAGUGGGAAAUUUCCACAUAACUUUUUGAUGAUUGGAAUAGGCUACCAAAAAUUGUUCUGAAGGGAAAACAGUUGUGCACUGCUUUCAUUGCGAAAAUGUGGAAUGAGGCUUGACUAAUUGGAAAAUACUGAGUAAUGAAAUGACAAGCUAACUGAGGUAGAUAAUCAAUGCAUGGCCAUAUUCAUUCAUCUAGCAGAUAUUUGACCAUCUGCUUUGUGUAUCACAUUCUACUAAGGCCCAGGGAUAUAAUAGCAGGCAAGGUAGAUGUAGUUCCUUCCUCAGAGCCUGUCAUAGGAGAAACAAAUGCAGGUGCGUGCGCGUGCACACACACACACACACACAAUCUAAGAAAAUAUAGAAAAUUAUUAACUGUGUCAGGUGCUGUGAAGAAAAAGGAUUAUCUACUCCUGUUCCUUGUGUUACUAUCUGCAUAUAGUUGAAUGGCUGAAUUAAAUUCCCUGUGUCAGCCAUUUAUCUAAUACCAGACAUAGUGCUGAUCUCACAGUUUAAUGUUUGAUGAUGAAUAAAUUCUGCUAGUGGCAUAUCAUGAUCUAAAUCUAUAAUGAUAGGAUACACAGUUUGCAGAAUGGCAGGCAUCCAUAUUUAUCUACAAGUAGAUGUACCACAUUAUGGAAUGGUUUAGCCCAAUGUCUUUCGUUAUAAUUGAAAUUCAUGUGAGUAUUGAGCCCUUAAAAUAUGGCUAGUCUGAAUUAAGAUAUGCUAUCAAUAUAAAAUGUAUUAACAUAUUUUGAAUGUGUACAAAAAAAUGUAAACUACCUGAGUUUUUAUAUUGGUGAAAUUAUGACAUUCUUGGUAUAGGGGAUUAAAUAAAAUAUAAUUGAGUUUUUAGUUUAUUUUUCUACCAAAAAAAGGUUAAAAAUUGUACAUGCUCAUGAGGCUUAUAUUACCUUUCCUUUGAACAGUGCUACAUUACAGGAAGUAUGAGUUGAAAAUAGUUUGAAAGAGUUAUAUUAUCAGGCUUUAACAUCAUGGCAUACCCAGAAAAUGUUUAAUAAAUACUUUCUUCAAAUUUUAAAAUUUGAAUAUAUAUUUGUAAUCAUGUUUGCCAAUAUAGGAAAUUAAUUUUUAGUAAAAUAAUUCUAACCCUUAAUCCAUUUGUGUUGCUACAAAGAAAUACUUGAGGAUGGCUAACUUGUAAAGAAAAGAGGUUUAUUUGGCUCACAGUUACGCAUGCUGUACAAGAAGCAUGGCGCCAGCAUCUGCUUCUGGUGAGGGCCCCCAUUUAUGGUGGAUGGUGAAGGGGAGCUAGCAUGUGCAGAUCACAUGACGAGAGAAAGAAGAUAGGCCAGACUUUUUUUUUAACAAGUUCUCUUGGGAACUAAGAGUAAGAACUCACUCCCAGGAUAAUGGCACCAAGCCAUUCCUGAGGGAUCUGUCCCCACUAUCCAAACACCUCCCACUAGGCUCCACCUCCAACAUUGGGGAUCAAAUUUCAACAUGAGACUUGGCAGGGCCAAAUAAACUAUAUCGAAACCAUAGUAUCCCCCCAUGACUGUACAGCAAGAAAAAUGUUAUCAAAUUUAUGCUAUUCAUGGAAAAAUAUAUUGUAGCUUAGUAAAAUAAGCACACUCCCACAUAUUUUUAUUUUGCUUCAAGUAGUACUUCUGCCAAUUGUGUUUUAUGAAGGAAAAGGGAGACCGUAUCCUAAACUUGAAAACUUGAAACUAGAUCUGUUCAUGCUUUUUUACAAUGUGAAUAGCUUUAAAAAGCCAGAUCUGGCCAUUCAUCUUGCCUAGAAUAUAGUAACUUUAAUUUUUUGGUUGUUUUUCUCAUGCCAAAAAAACUGAUGGUGUCCUUCAUAUAGUCUUCAAAACAUUUGUCACAUGUUACACUAACCAGGCCUUUAUCUUUUUAUGUUGGAAUUUGCUUACUAAAACCCUCUAGCCUAGACUGGACCCCUUACGUUCUCUCCAAUUCUUAUCAUUCACCAGCUUUUACACUGUGCAUAGAUGAAAUACAUAUAUCAUUAAUCACUGGAGAUACAUGGAUGACGAAAGCAAUUUCCACUCUUGAGGGCAUGCAGUUUUUGUGAGAUGUGCAACUAAGUGUAGAUGAUAAAUACAGAAAGUAUGAAUUGUGUUGUGGAAACGGUCAUUAAUAGUGCCACUUUGGCAGGCUGAAGCAGCUUGUAAUGUUUGAAUUGGUUGCAUGAUGAGCAGAAUUUUGAAGGGAAAGAGCUGUGGCCUUCCAGGAGAGCCUACCAGAGGCCUCAGAAGUAUCUCAUGGAAAAGACCUCAGACACUACCUUCCACAUAAAGUUUUCCCAGAUGAAAGUAGGCUAAAUGUGUUUGCUCCUAAUCAUAAUUAUUAUUUUUUUCUUUACUAGAUAAUUUUCUACUUGUACCACUCCGAAUUAUUGUUUCCAACUGUUCACCUAUUUGUAAAGCUUUUCUCUUGAUCAAAUUUGUUUGACCAAGUAAGUUUCCUGAGGGAUGGGAUUAUGCCUUAAGUAUUGUAUAUUUACAGUAUUUAACAGUGUGUCCUUUGUGUAGCAAAACCAUUAAUAGAUAACUUUUAAAUUGAUAAAUGAAAAACACAGUUUUGAAUGGUACCACUUUGCCUGUGAUACGAUAUUCUUAACUUUUUCACUUAUUGUUUCAAUAAAUUCAUGCAUUGCUUUGCCUAUA